UUUUUGUCUGAUUAUAUAUUUUUUUUAAAUCUUACAGUUUACUAUGAAAGUCUGUUCAUGACAGUAACCUAGUUCACCACCGCCGCCGCACCACCGUGAGCAUCCAAGUUGCAUUUUCUCCUCUCACCCAAACUUGACUGUGGCUGAGAAUUGAUUUCGGUAGACGUCACUCAUCUGCAUAGGGAGUAAAAUGCAACCAUCCUGGAAGGCUUCUGUUCUGUCUUUGCUUCCACGAAACGCUCUGUAUCUCCCCCGUGCAAUAAAAGGACCUAAUAAUUGCUGCACCUCCGAAACUACAAACAUGGAAGGUACGGAUUGCAUGUGCUGUCAUCCCGAAAGAUGCACUUAGAAGCACAGAUAGCACUGAAAACACAUCUGGGUUGCAAACUGUCCAAGAUGGAUGCAGCGCCGCUGUGCGCAGGGCUGCGCGGCGGAGAGGCAUCAGCGGGGAGUAGGAUGUUACUAGCAUCCGCCGUAGUGGUAUGGGAAUGGCUGAACGAGCACGGACGCUGGCGGCCCUACAGCCCGGCUGUCUGUCAUCACAUCGAGGCAGUCAUCCGGAGCGACCCGCGCUGUGGUAGUGUCGUCCUCGGCCAGGUGGACUCUCGCCUCUCGCCCUACAUCAUCGAUUUGCAUUCCAUGCACCAGUUCCGACAGGACACAGGUACCCUAAGACCGGUGCGACGCAGCUUCUACGACCCCACAUCAGCGCCAGGCCAGGGCUGGUUGUGGGAGUGGGAGAACGACGCUGGCAGCUGGACGGCAUACGACACUGAGGUGGGCAUUGCAAUCCAGGCAGCACGCGACCGUCAGCAGCCCUGGCUGGACCUGGCGCCGCUGGGUUUCUGCUACCUCAUUGACUUCGAAAGUAUGACCCAAAUCAAUGGGCAAACGCAGCGCUGCAGACGUAUCCAGCGCCGUUCUGAUCUGGCUUACCCGCUGGUAUCUGGGCCACUACCCAAGUCUCACCAUGCCUGGGGGCCAACGUCCAUGCCUGGACACGGAGGACUUCUAGGUGUUGAUGUAUCUGGAGUGGGCAUGGGGAUCCGGAUGAGCAGCAGUGGGACUGGAAACGGGAGUGCGUACCCCAGCGGGGCGCUCCCGGCUUCAGCCAUCACUUCCUUGGGACAGCCAUGCGCCUGUCAGCAGUGUAUGCUGGUGCUAAGUGUCAAAGCAGGCACUAUGUCGACCGCUCACACUCUCGGUCGAAGACCACCACAGACUAAACCACCAAGUCCCAAACUAAGCAGCCUCCCCAUCCCAGGAGGCUCUUAUUCACUAACCCUCCCUCGGCCUCCAACCCUGUCGAGGUCGCUUUCCCCCCACAGGACAUCCAUGGUUGGGGCGACAGGUGGAUUCAACAUAGGUGGUAUGGGAGGUGCAGGAGGUAUGAGCAUGGUUGGUGCUAGCAGCGUCGGCACUACGAGCCUUGGCUACGGAGGAGGCUUCACCCAUUCUCUUUCCCUUCUUGGGUCAGCCACAGCUGGUCUCUCCAUCUCCUCCACAAGGCCCCCACCUCCUCCUCUCCCCCCACCGCUGCCACCGCCCCCCCCGCCCUCCACUACGCUAUCAUCUUCCACCACCUCCACCCCUCACCCUUCCACCUCUGUCUCCUCUCUCUCCAUUUCCUGUUCUGCCCCCGCAGCACCUGCCUCAGGGCCACCUCUCAUCUCCACAGCCACAUCCACAUGCACCCCAUCACCUUCUGCCCGUGUCCUGGGUCCAGUGUCUUCAUCCGGCGCUGCCGCGGCUGCUGCCUGCGCGGCGCCCCUGCCACCUCGGUCUAGCCUCGCAGGGCUGAGCCGUCCGGCGCUGCAGCGUAUCGCCAUGGCUCAGUCGCGUGCCCUUAUCGCCUCUGGAGUGCCAACAGUUCCAGUGAAGAACCUGAAUGGAUCCAGUCCUGUACAUCCUGCACUGGCAGGUAUAACAGGCAUCUUGAUGAGCGCAGCAGGGCUUCCUGUCUGCCUGACCCGCCCUCCCAAGCUGGUGCUUCAUCCUCCACCUGUCAGCAAGAGCGACCUCAAACCUGUCCCGGGGUUGGGCCACUGCUGUCGCAAGACCACAAAGAAACAAGCCCGGAAAGGCAAGACUCCAGAGGAAGUGGUGAAGCGCUACCUCCAGAAAGUGCGAAACCCCCCAGAGGAGGAUUGCACCAUCUGUAUGGAGGCCUUGCCCGGACCAUCGGGCUACAAAGGUCCUGGUGUGGGUGGCAUCUCCAGGGCCGAGUCGGUGGGUCGUCUGGCACAAUGCGGUCACCAGUACCACCUGCAGUGCCUCGUUGCUAUGUACAAUAACGGCAACAAGGACGGCAGCCUGCAGUGUCCCACGUGCAAGACCAUUUACGGAGUAAAGACGGGCAACCAGCCACCCGGCAAGAUGGAGUACCAUGUCAUCCCGCACUCCCUGCCUGGCCACCCAGACUGCAAAACCAUCCGGAUCAUAUACAACAUCCCUCCUGGCAUCCAGGGCCCAGAGCACCCAAAUCCAGGCAAACCCUUCACUGCACGUGGGUUCCCCAGACACUGCUACCUUCCUGACAGCGAGAAGGGACGCAAGGUUCUGAGGCUGCUUCUGGUAGCGUGGGAUCGUAGGCUCAUUUUCUCUGUGGGUACGUCGAGCACUACAGGUGAGAGCGACACGGUCAUCUGGAACGAGGUGCAUCACAAGACCGAGUUCGGCUCCAACCUCACGGGCCACGGGUACCCCGACCCCGGCCACCUGGACAAUGUCCUCGAAGAGCUCAAAGCUCAGGGCAUCACCGAGGAGGAGUGUCUACCCAGAGACUGAGCAGAGACAUUCACAGCACUGAAGACACAAGAAGAUACCAGGCGUGAGUCUUUAAACACAAUCCUGGGACGGGGAUCCGCAGCUAGACGGACCAGUUCUUUUCAAAGUGUGACGAAACGAACAGAGGAAACUUUUACACCAGAUGAUGGAGAAGGACUAUAAAACAAAAGCCCCAACUGAAAUAGCUUCAGCAGAAUUUGCUGCGACUCAAUUUUUUUUUUCUCUUACGACUGCAUGAGUCAGUUUUGAUACGUACGUGGGGAAUCAUUUUCUUUCCUGAUGCAGUAAUGGUGUCAAGGUUGCCGAUGUUACUCAGUGAGACAUUUGAGACCACUGUGCACAUACGAGUCAUUGUUAGUUUGUGGGGGGGGGAACAAAAACUGUCAUUUAUACUGUCAGACUUCAUAUCAAGAAUGUAACUAACUGAUUUUGUUUUUCUUAAGUGAUGAAGUGUUUACCACUCCUGCUGCUGCUGAACCGAAUGGAAGUGAAAUUUAAGAAAUUAAUGUGGGUUCGUUUUUAAAGUGUUAGUCCACAAGCAGAAGCAGAUAAAUCCUCCAAAUGUUUGACUGGAUAUCUGAGCAUGGAUAUUUGCUGACCUCUAGUGGUACUUUUCCAGAACUACAUUCCUUUUUAGGUUUGAUUUUUAACUUGUGUUCUUGUAUGUUAUGAAUACUUCAUAUAUUAUAUGAUAUCGGUUCCAUUAAUCCAUGUUUUUUAUACUAUAAUUUCACAUUUUGUUUAAUAUGCUGUGUUCCAUUGUAUUGUUUUUGGGUUUGGCUUGACAGACAAAGACAUGGGAGGGAAGUUUAGAUAAGCUGCUGGUGUACCAGAGUUUGCCUGAGACUUUAUAUGCCAUUUACCAGCCCCUUUCUUUAAAAACAAUCAUUUUUUUAGUAUUUUUCUAUUUAAGAAAUAAGCUGACAUUCCUGAAUCCUUUGACCCUGAGAGCAUGGGUGUAUUUAACAGCUUUCUAUGUCUUCUUGUAUCUGCAUUAAUGUUAAUGACUGAUAGAGGAAACCCUAUCGUGGAUUAAUCCAUUACCCCCCUAGGAGGCGUAAAUUCCCCAAAAGCUAGGAUUGGACCUCCUGCCUGAGCUCAGAUUUGCACAGUGUUUUUUACUUGGUGUCAAAAGGAAACAGCUUGUAUCUACUGUAUUUUUUUCCUUUUAUUGUGUAGGAUACACACCAGCCUCAAAUGCUCUAAUCACACUACAGAAUGUGGUCAGCGGUUGUAUUUGUCAUGUUUCGUUUUUUGCCAUGCGCGGUCUAAAAGACUAUCUUGAUGUGGGUCCAGCUUGGGCCAAAGUGGUCUACUGUGGACCAGGUUGUUAUGUUAAAGAGAAAUGCAGCAGUAUGUGUCAACAUACUAAUGUAGGCCAACAUCAAAAGCAUUUUUACUUUAUGAUAUUUUAUGUAUGCACUGUAUUCUAUGUAUAUGUUUUAUGUGCAUAAAUUUGCAUUAAACAUUUUUCUAAGGUUCAA